AUGGACCAAUUCAUUGUUGGUUAUAAACAAAAAUAUUACUGUCCAGAUAAUAAUCCCAGGGUAAUUCGCAAAAGAAGUAGCAAUGGACAAUUGAUGUCGUUGAGAACAUCACCAAGAGUUAUUGAUAACGCAGAGAUAAUAAUGAAAUGCAAUGAAGAAAAUGAAGAGGAGAAGGAGAAGGAGAAGGAAGAGAGGGAACAGGACAAGCAAAUGCCAGCAUUACUAGUAAAGAACAAUAAUAAUAUUGCCAAAAAGGCUGACAUCUUUUCAUCAUUUGAUGGAUGUUAUGAAACACAUAGCUUUAUGGCAAAUACGUCAAGAAGAAUGUUUUCAGAUCUGCAACUUCGGAAAAAGUCUUUUUUCCCAACACUCGAACUAAAUUUGAAUAUGGGUGAGCUAAUGCAGGAGGAAAUGGAAGAGGAAAUGGAGGAAAGAGCGGUGGUAGUGGCGGCGAUGAACAAGAAAGAAAAGGUAGAGGAGAAGGAGGAUCAACAUCUGGUUGAUAAAAUUCACGAACAAACACAAAAUGUGAUGUCAGGAUGGAGUGGUGAUGAACAAACACAGAAUGUGAUGCCCGGAUGGGGUGGUGAUGAACAAACACAGAAUGUGAUGUCAGGAUGGAGUGGUGAUAAUAAUAACGAUUAUGUACAAUCACCACAAAGCUGCUACUACUACUCUGAACUUGUUCAGCCUCAAGAGGUGAAAUCAAGGAUUGGGAGCAGGUUAUAUCGAUUCGUCAAGGCAAGUUUGAACCGAGUGUCUAGUACAAGAAGUUCGGUAGAAUCAGAAACGACUCCAUCUGCACCAGUCACCACAUUACCAACGUCUCACUUACAACUAUCGCCGAUUGAUCCAACAGGAAACAAUAGUAUUGAUGAAAUCAUAUCUCACCCUUCGGUACAUAUCAAGAGCCAACCUGAAGUUUGGAAAAUGGUCUUUAAUGACGCAUCAUUAUCAGCCGCCAGAGCCUCGACUAGAUGUUCAAGCUUAAAUAUACACGGGAAUCAUUAUGAAAGAAAUUCAAACUACAUUAGUGAUGGAAAUUAUCAUAUACAUCAACUGCUGCAUCACAACGAAAAUUUUGCAAUGAAAUUGAUGCAAACAAAGUUGGAAUAUUACCCAAAAGCAACGUCGCUCUGA